CGGUGACGUCACUGCAAACAAUGGCUGCUAGCGGCUCAGCAGUAACGGUUCUGACUCCAAAUGGAAGAAGACAAACCAUUAAAGUGUCCCAUAACACACCGUUACUACAGGUUCUGGAAGACGUCUGCAAGAAACAUGGGUUCAACCCCGACGAUCACGGUUUGAAGUUUCAGAGGACUGUUCUUGACCUGACAUUGCAGUGGAGGUUUGCCAACCUUCCCAACAAUGCUAAACUGGAAAUGGUGACAACUUCUAGGAAACAAGGCGUAGCCGAGAGCCAGGUGCGGAUUGCACUCCAGAUGGAGGAUGGUUCUCGGCACCAAGGUUCCUUCACCAGUGGACAGAGUCUAUGGGAACUAAUCACAAAUUUCCAACAUAUCAGUGAAUCAGAGCUGUCCAAGCCAGGAUCCACUCCUGUUUGUGUUUACAUGCGAGACGAGGUUAGUGGGGAAGAAGCUCUGAAGAAGGCCACGCUCAAAUCCCUGGGUCUUACAGGAGGAAAUGCCAUUGUCAGGUUUCUACUCAAAAAGGACAAAUCACCAGAGGAAUACGAGGAUUCUGUUGCUGCACCAAUCACACCUGUUGCCAAGGAAUCCAUACCAAGCUCACCGCCGCCGCCUGAUCCUGCUCCAUUGUUUCCAGAGAUUUCAACAAUCCCUGUGCCAAUUAAAAAUUUAAGACCUGAUGAGCCAGAGGAAGCCACACCUGCGCCAAGUCCUGCUACAAUUACGAGCAGCAUUCCUGUUCAGCAGGAAGACAUUACAAAAACCCAGAAUGCAGUUCGGCCCAAAAUCCCUCCCACAGGAAGUCACGUAGCAGUGGAGGAUGAAGAUGGAGCAGGACCAUCAGGACUUAACUGUCACCCAUCUACAUCUGCUUCCUCUCCUCCGUCAGCUCCUUUCAUACCUUUUUCUGGAGGUGGUCAGCGCCUCGGGGGUCCUGGGGUGGGAACAGGUGGACACUCACUGACUUCAUCCUCUUCUCUGUCAGCUGCCAUGGUAGAGUCACCCAGAGCCAAAAAAGCCAAGUCCAGCCACGGAUCAAGUGACAAGUGUGAAGCUGCUGCCAACUUGGAAGAUCAGUACAUGGAUCACAAGGAAGAGUAUUUGGAGGAAAUUGAUAGGGAGCCUCUUAUCUACCACCUGGACUCCACAUCCCAUCCCACUGAGGACCACGCAGAUCUACCCCAAGAGUUCUUUGAAGUGACGAUGGAUGAUGUGCGGAGGCGCUUCGCUCAGCUGAAGAGUGAGAGGAAGUUAUUAGAAGAGGCCCCACUUAUUACUAAAGCUCUGAGAGAAUCACAGAUGAAGGAGAAGAUGGGGAGAUAUCCCAAGGUGGUCCUGAGGGUCCAGUUUCCAGAUAGAUAUGUUCUACAGGGCUUCUUCAGGCCCCUUGAAACAGUUGGUGCCGUGAGACAGUUUGUCCGCAGCCACUUGGACGAUCCUCAGCUCCCUUUCCACCUGUUCAUCACCCCUCCAAAAACUCUUCUGGAUGACCACUCGGUUACACUCUUUCAGGCUGACCUGUUUCCCGGUGCACUGGUGUACUUUGGCUCCGAUGUCAAAAAAGAUUUUUACAUCAAGAGGGAACUUCUCCAAACGUCGAUCUCAGCCUUGCAAGCAAAUGAGUCCGUAGCAAGCUGCAUGCUUCGGCCGCCAGCACCCUCUUCUAGCGGCGCUGAGGAGCCACUGCUUCCUCCCGAGCCUGCAGCCGACACCAGUGUGUCCAAGCAGGAAGAGCAAGACCCACCUGCACCAACACAAGCUGCUACGUCUUCACGAUCUGACCCGGGCAAGGUGCCCAAGUGGCUCAAACUUCCAGGUAAGAAAUGAGGAUUCUGCCGUGUGUUGAUGAGAGGAUUCAUCCAAGCCCUUAAACCUUUGCUACACUUCAAGAGAGGCUUAACUUUGAGACCAUCAUGGAUUUAAUCCAUCACAGAUGAAACCAAUACUCAGUUUAGUUUUGAAUGAUAAUAAUAAUAUUAUGAAUGAUUGGGUCAAUGUCCAAGAAGAUUGCAGUGUAUCAUUCCGGUUUGAAGAGGUUAUCUGAAAUGAUAAUAAAUAAAAAUUCUUG